CUCCAGGGCCUAUUGUCGGGCGUGGCCCGGAUGAGGGAGCUGGUGGCCCAGCUGUUGGACCCCCAGGUGCAGCGGGAAGCGCAGGACAGACCGGCGGCGGCGGCUCCGGGCGAGGCCGCGGACGAGAAAAAAAUAUCCUCAGGUGAGGAUUAACAACAACAAAAAGAAAAAGUAUUGUGGAGUCUGCCACCACCACCACCACGGCUGCCACGGCCACCUCUGGGACAGCUGCGCUCCUGAGCAUCCCAGGGCAGCGUGUUGGAAGUUACUGACCGCUACACCCAGCCCUCACCAGAUCCAUCUCCUCCACACAUUCAGGGCGAGACCCCUCCAGAUACCAGCUGUGCUCCAUGUCUGAGAAGCUUAGCUGCCACUACUGCAAGGACUCCCUGCACGGGAAGAAGUACGUGGAGAAGGAUGGCAGCCACUGCUGCCUGUGCUGCUACGACAAGUACUGCGCCAACAUCUGCACCGAAUGCCGCCAGACCAUCGGUGCGGACGCCAAGGAGGUCCACUAUAAGGAAGGCUUCUGGCAUGACUACUGCUUCCGCUGCACCCAUUGCCAGCGCCCCUUGGCCACCGAGACCUUUGUGGCCAAAGAGAACAAGAUCCUGUGCAAAGAGUGCAACAUGAUUGAGAGCGCCCUCAUCUGCAAGGGCUGCUCAAAGCCCAUUCUGGCAGGCGAACAGAACGUAGAGUACAGGGGGACCGUAUGGCACCAAGACUGCUUCACCUGCAGCGACUGCAAGCAAGUCAUCGGGACGGGAAGCUUCUACCCUAAAGAGGAGGAAUUCUACUGCAUGGCUUGCUAUGAGGCCAAAUUUGCCAAGCGCUGCGUAAAGUGCGACCAGGCCAUCAUCUCUGGAGGAAUCACGUACCAGGACCAGCCCUGGCAUGCCGACUGCUUUGUGUGUGUCACCUGCUCAAGGAAGCUGGCCGGGCAGCGUUUCACGGCUGUGGAGGACCAGUACUACUGCGUGGACUGCUACAAGAACUAUGUGGCUAAGAAGUGUGCCGGGUGCAAGAACCCCAUCACUGGGUUUGGUAAGGGCUCCAGCGUAGUGACCUAUGAAGGACAAUCCUGGCAUGAUUACUGCUUCCACUGCAAAAAGUGCGCCAUGAAUCUGGCCAGCAAGCGCUUUGUUUUCCAUGAGGAGCAAGUGUUUUGCCCUGACUGCGCCAAAAAGCUGUAAAGUGACAGGGGCUCCUGUCUCGUAAAAUGGAAUUGUCUUGUUUUUCUGUGUUCUCACCCUCUGCCCUGCACUAUCCAUAGGGUAAGAGUUGUCUGUCACCUCUUCCAAGUUGUUCCUUCUGUCUUUCCUCCUAUUUUACAGUAUUACUCAAAUAAGGGCACUCACAUUAGGAUUUAGCACAAAGCGACCCCACGGCAGAGUUAAUGUUGCUAUGGCUACAGUUAAAAAAAAAAAAAAAAAAAAAAGGAACACUUAGUUUACUUUUUUGCAUAUUUAUCUUAGAGCAGAAAAGCACCAGCCAGUUAGCUGCUUAGGGACGUAAGCGAGAAACCCAGGAGCUAAGGCCCCCACCUGGUGCCCUUCCUGGCCCUGCGGGGACCCAUCGUGUCAUUACAGGACACGCAGUUGCACUGGCUACUCCAACUCCCUGUUCUGAGAGUAGAAUGAGGACUUACCGAAAUGCAUGGUUUAACUUCCUCGUCAAAACCUUCUUUCUGUUCUUUGUGCUUUCAAUCGACUAGUACAAAUUUCCAGAAUACUAACAUUUGAACUUAGCUGUGAUCCUAAGCUGACCUUUUUCCCGGACUAAGGUUCGAGUUGCCUGUGUGCUGUUUUCUGGACAUCCCUACUUCCCAGCAUGGGACACGCGGGUGAUGCAGGCGAAUUGGAGAGAACGGCCUGUUUCAAAGGAGCAGUGUCACAGUGAAUUCUGGAAGCUAACAAAACUAACCCAGCUGUCCUUUCUUAAUAGUUUGUUUUAGUUAAUAGCAUAGUUUAUGGGUUUGGAGACUUACAUGAAAACACUUGAGUCCUUCAAAUGUUCCUAAAGUUUUGAAAUCAUCAUACAGAAGUAACCAUGAAACUCCAAGGGGGUUCUGAGCAGGUGCCAGGACUGUCAUUGAUACGGACGUGGCAUUUCCAAACAAUGGCAAGUUGAAUCCCAUGUGACAAUAGCUCUCCGCUGUUUGGGCUGUGCUAGAGGCUUGCCAGCAUCCCUUCUCUGUGAUUCUUAGGGUUGUUUCUCACGAGCUUAGCUCCUCAGGGAGGAGGGCCACCAUCCUCACAGGAAGAACCACCUACCUACUGUAUUCUCGCUGUUACAUCGUUACAUUCCAUAACGGAUAGCAUGAGAGGAUGUCAAAGUGGACAUGGAAAGACAAGACAUACUAACACACUCCUACAGUGGUUAGAGAAGCAGACACGUCGUUUCUACAUUUUGUCAUUAGCUAUUAUCACCUAACGUGUCAAGGUGUCCUUACGGAAUAAAGCAACAUAAAUUUAAAAAAAGUUA